AUGACUGGCGAAGAGGUCAAGAAGACUUACUGUGCGGGUCUCCAAUGUGGGAAAGAGACUACUUCACAAUUGAAAUGCCCUAUUUGCUUAAAAAAUGGUGUUGAACAGGUUUUCUGUGAUGAAAACUGUUAUAAAAACAAUUAUAAAUCGCACAAGACUUUACAUUACAAAGAAGAUGAUGAUGGUUCUUACGAGAGUUUUGAUCCAUUUCCAAAAUUCAAAUACGCUGGUAAUUUGAGAGCCAGUUACCCUUUGACUCCAAAGAGAUCAGUUCCUGAACAUAUUGAAAAACCUGACUGGGCUGCUAAUGGUUUACCUAUUAGUGAACAGAAAAACGACAGACUAAACAAUAUCCCUAUUUAUACCAAGGAGGAGAUUAAGAAGAUUAGAAAAGCUUGUAUUUUAGGUAGAGAAGUGCUUGAUAUUGCAGCAGCUGCCGUUAGACCGGGUGUCACUACCGAUGAAAUUGAUGAAAUCGUCCAUAAUGAAACUAUCAAGAGAAACGCUUAUCCAUCACCAUUAAAUUAUUACAACUUCCCAAAAUCCGUGUGUACUUCUAUCAAUGAAACUAUCUGUCACGGUAUUCCUGAUAAAACUGUUUUAAAAGAAGGUGAUAUUGUCAAUCUUGAUGUAUCAUUAUAUUAUCAAGGUUUCCAUGCAGAUUUAAACGAAACUUACUACGUCGGUGAAAACAUCGAAAAGGAAGCUUUGAAUACUGUAGAAACCGCUAGAGAAUGUCUCAAGUUGGCAAUCAAAUUAUGUAAACCGGGUACUACUUUCCAAGAAUUAGGUGAUCAUAUUGAAAAAUAUGCAAAUGAAAACAAAUGCUCCGUCGUAAGAACUUACUGUGGUCACGGUGUUGGUAAAUUUUUCCACUGUUCUCCAAAUAUUCCCCAUUAUGCAAAUAACAGAACUCCAGGUAUCAUGAAGCCAGGUAUGGUCUUCACCAUCGAACCAAUGAUCAAUGAAGGUACGUGGAAGGAUGUCACAUGGCCAGACGACUGGACCUCUACUACCCAAGACGGUAAAAGAAGUGCACAAUUCGAACACACUCUAUUGGUCACUGAACAUGGUGUUGAAAUCCUUACUGCCAGAAAUAAGAAAUCCGCAGGUGGCCCAAGACAGAGAUCAAAGAACUGA